CUCUGCGGCUCGGCCUUUCUUUAUGUACCUGGAAAUGCCACCACCACCAACGAGGAAGAGGGAUUUAGUUGAGCUUUUAUGCUAUCAAAGAGCUUAGCUCCGCACAAUCGCCGAUUGAUUGAACGUCAUCAUUGUCACCUAAUGGUCGACAAUGAAAAGCAACAAGCUCCCAGCUACUCCUCCUAACCUUAUCGCCGUGGUGUUACCGCUGUGCCUGCCCACCCUCCCCCCAUCUCUUACUACCUUUUAUUUCUACCUGGAUGGACACGGACAAUAAGGAUGUUGUACACAAGGCCCCCGGGUACGCGGACACAUCAACAUCGAUUUCACGCGAGCAAUGAAUGGAAAAAAUAAACUUUAUGGGGGCGCCACCGAAGGAAUAAAAGGAGAGAAGAAGAAAAAAAAAACCACUACUCGGUCAGUCGUGACGUCCCGCAAAGUUAAUUUCCCUUCUGGAAAGAAGAAGAAGACGGCGAUGAAAAUGGUUCCUCCUCCUUUUUCUGCUUCUUCUUCUUCUUCUUCCCAUCAGCCAGAAGAAAUAAAUUGAAGUGGUUCUCCUCCUUUUCCUAUUGAGCUUCUUGUGGUGGAACUUCUUCUUCUUUUUGUGCGUGUGGCGUUUUCCACCAGUUCUCAUUUUCAUGGAAGAGAAGCUUAGAAGAGGUAGAGAGAACUGGACCAGCGGGCCAACACAAAAUAAAGAGCGAAAUCCCCCCACCAACUGAAAUUUAUUUUCCGUCUGGCCUACAGUGGUCAUCCCAAAAACUGGAGGGGGGGUUCGAUGACAAAACUUUGACAGGCUUCCUUUUCUCUCUAGACGACCUUUUUUAUUUGACCCCAUAAGGAAUCAUUUUCCAGACGUUUUAUAGAGGCCCGCACUGCUUCUUUUGAUUGGGAACUCUGGUCGUUGCCCUUCUACUUUUUUUUAAUUUGGCUCCUGCUCCUGCUGCUGCUGAGCUGACGAAUGAUGAUGAUGCCGAACCAAUUAGCAAGUGGAAUUGUUUUGGUCAACGUCAACAACAUGGCUGGAUUAAUCGCCUCGUUAUGGCUCUUGGCCUCUAUCGUGACUCCAGGAUUGGGAAUGUGUUUCUUUCCGACCGAAUUCCAAGGCGAAUACAUGACGCAAUCGUCUUCGCGGGGAGGCGUCAACCUCCAGUACGCACCCAUCAGCAUCCUUCCGGAAUCCAUUCCAGUCUGGGGUGUGUGUCACCGACGGUUUGGCAAUCGCGUCAUUCUCAUGGACAGGACUGGCGGUACUAAUUGCAUCCGCUGCUUCGAACUGACUUUACGCUCGCUCAACGUCGUCCAGAUCCACACGGAAGGACUCGAUAAGUGCUACACCACCGAGGAGGCGGCCAUGGCCACCUGCCCGACGGACGAGAGCAUCGCCACGGGCAAAUCGCGAGAAAUCAUGCUCUACAAGACCAAAGAAUUGACCGGAGAUCCAGUCGUCGCCCAGGAAUAUUGCCCAGUUAAUGGUCGAUUCGUUUUUACUUAUUCCGUCAAUGACGGACUGGCCGAUGACCACGUCAACGUGGCCGAAAACGUCAACGAAUGUCACGAGCCCGUCUCGGAACUGUCAAACUGCCCGUACGGAUUCGGACUGGGACUCCGUUUCAAGCGAUGCUCAUUCGGCGAACUCGAAAUUAACUUUCAGUGCCUGGGCGAUUGGAUUGGCCACAACGGCGAGCGCUACAUGGCCCUGCUGGACGUCCAGGACACUCAGUCGACAACGGCGGUGACGACGGCCGGCGGCGUCGGUAUUAUUAACGGCGCCGAGCGCCGACCCCGUUAUCGUUGUGCGCUGUACAAGGAGGAUCCGGAAACGGGCAAAAUGUAUGUGGCCCUAUCCAGCGACUCGACGUGCACCAACGACCUCAAGAGCCCAAAAGAGGGUUAUGAGACCCUGGUACUGACCAGCAUACCUCAGCCGCCAUUACCAUUCGAGGUGAGUACCAGCUCUUGUCGCUUCCCGUCAUGGGCUCAUGGCCAGUGGCAGGAUGCCUAUGUCGAGGAUGACACGCUCAUCUACAAGGACCUCCGCAAUUUCAAAACUUACACCCUCAAGUGUAUGGUGGACGAUAAAACAUUGCCGGACGAUCAGGGCAAAUUCGUCGUCUACGCCCGCACCCAAUGUGGCGACGAUUUCUACACUUGUCUGACGGUGGAGAAACGCGGAGUCAACGUCAUGGAGUUCCAGCUGGGAGCCGAGACGUCAGCCUCGUACAAUCAGAGUCUGUGUCAGAACGAGAAAUUCCCGCAGGAAACGUGGGUCACCCAGGGAAGGAUCACCGUCUUCUCGGAGGAAGCCUGUCCCAUUUCGGGCGAGUACACGGGCGUCAUUCCGGACGCCGUCGGACUCUGCGCCAAACUCUACUCGGAUUGCCGCAACCCGCAGCGCAUGUUCUACAGCGUCUCCAACUGUCACAAUCUCAGCGAAGUCUACGAAGAACGAGAGUACCGCUGCCUGGGCAAAUUCGCCGAUCGGGGCUUGACCUACACCUACACUGAGCGUCGCGACGUCUUGGGCUACGAGUGUUUUGUCGGCGUCAUCAUCAACGAUGGCGAGCUCUUCAUCAAAGAGGCUGGCGAGCAUUGCCAACGUGACGUGGAGCCACUCCGGAUGGGCAUGAAAGUCACCCGCCAGGCGACUUGCUACGCGCCCAGGCCGUCGGCCAAACCCAACGCCAUCGCCACGGCCGCCACGUCGGCCACCAGUUUCAAUCCCAACACCAACGCCAUGCAUCCGUCUGUCGUCGACUCGAACGGCGUCCACCGUCCGGCUUCGUCCCUGCCGCCUCACAACGGCAACAAUCAGCCGACAACAAUCAGAACGUGGAAACCCGCCACAGAUUCACCGAUGGGAUCUUCUGGGUAUCGGAGCGUCUUUUCCUCUUGGUUGCUGCUGGCCGCUUUCAUGGCCGUUCAACUGCAUCGGAUAACGGGCUUGCAGGUCUGUUGAUCCGGCUCGUUGUAGUGUAUGUGUGGGAACGCCUCCGCAGUCGUGUAAAUGUGCUGUACAUAACGAAUUCUAAGAGAAAAUGAGGGGGCCAUCACUUCACCCCCCCCCCCCUAACCGAGUCUUGUAACGGGAUUGUAUAAAUAAUAAAUAAUUAUGAAUUUCUCUCCAUAUUAAAAAGAAAAACUGAUUAACGGGUUCCGUUGAUUGGGGGUUGAAGGAAAAGAUGAGUAAAAAUAACAAGCACCGCAAGUGUCGUUUAUUGAAAUUGUAUACCGUUGAAUGAAGUGGACUGUUUACUUUUUUUUUGUGAUGAUCAAAUAAAUGCAAGGAUUAUUUCGAUCAA